UAGCAAAAUUAAGACUGGAUUCUCGAGUUUCGUAGUCAGUCCUUUCCAGUCCUUCAAAGUAAAUGGAACAUCCCGAGGAACGUUACUACAAGUUGAACCGAUUUUUUUUAUCGGUCAACGGGUUAUCGCCUUAUCAAAACGUAUGGAACGCCCGUUUGAUAAGACUCGUUAUCACUGUCAUCUUAUUGUCGUCUAUCUUUGUUCAGGCAUCGACUACUUUAACGUCUGAAGUCAAUCUAGAAUUUAUAAUUGAUAUAAUACCAGCAAUUCUACCUACGUUCGCUGGUAUAAUAAACUUGUAUUUACAUCACGGGAACAUAGACAAGUAUAGGAAACUCUUUGACCACAUGUGGAGGGACUGGGCGUUGCAAAAAACAAAAGAUGAAAUUAAAAUCAUGCACGACUAUGCUGAGACUACGAGAUUAGUAACGCUUUUUUAUACGCUUCAGGUAUGCAUACUCUUCGUGAUGUACAACGUAUGGGUAUUCAUGCCGGAAAUUCUUGAUGUCAUAUCGCCCCUGAACGAGUCUCGCCCGCGAAUUGAAACCUUUAAAGUCGAAUUCUUCAUCGACAAAGGCCGAUACAUUUAUCUUAUCCAGUCUCAUAUAUGCCUUGUGCUUGUAACCGUAACUAUCGUUCUUCUUGGCAGUUUCUCUAUUUUACUGACUUUCACGCAACACGUUUGCGGGAUGUGCAAGUUGCUGGGGUAUCGCGCGGAGCGCUUAUUUUGUGUUAUCGAGAAUGCGGCAGGAUGCGAUUUAAUUCGCGGAACGAAGAUACGUUGUAGGGACACGGCUGUUUUCGUACGGCUGCAUUGCAACAUUAUACAAUUCAUUAGCCUAAUCAAAGCUUGCCAUAGAGUAUCAUUUCUAUGUGACCUCAUAGGAAUACUGUUUGCUCUGAGUUUGACGUUAAUACAGGUAUACAACAAUAGUAUGUUAAGCAUUCCAAUGUGUUUAUGUAAUCAAUAUAUAAAAAUGAGUUCUCUCUUUCAGAUAUUAUCCAUUGCCGGCAAUAUUGAGAAAGCUAUUAAAUCUAUUAGUUUUUCUAUUAUAAUACUGAUAUAUUCGUUUAUAUCUAAUUACAUGGGACAAAGAAUAACAGACAUGAGUUCUAACAUAUGCGAGAAAGUGUACAAUUGUGCAUGGUAUAAUGUAGCUGUUUCGGAGCAGAAAUCUGUACUACUCAUAAUAAGUCGACGUUUCCAUCCACUUGUGCUGACUGCCAAUAAGUUUUAUACAAUGUCUCUGCAGAAUUUUGGAAUGAUUCUUCAAACGGUGAUCUCGUAUUGCAUGUUCUUCAGACAAAUAUGAAGACACUUCUACCUGAUAUAGGAAUAACGUAGGAAAUACAGGGAAUGUCGUGUUCAAUAUGUAGUGAUACUAUUUUAAUCAACACGUCGAAAAAAUAUUUAAAUGACAUUAUAUUGUAAAGAAUAUCGUAAGUGAAAUAUGAUCCUAUUAAUGAAAUCGAAAAA